UACCUGCAGAGUCUGUCAGGUCGAGCCCCGACACAAUCGAUAGCCGGUAUGACUUGUGACCUGUUAAAGCUUGCGUGGUUAAAUUUCUAACGUUUUUCACUUUGCCGAUUCGUUUUAUUCAAAUUAAUUUCAAAAUUUAACUUUAUAGUAUCAUUUCCGAGUUGUAAAAUGCUUCGUGACAGCCUCAUGCCAGUGCUCCGCGUUGCUGCUUAGUCGAGAUUAUUAUCCUCCAGCGGAUAAUCUAAUUCUCCGGUUAAAAGAGAGAUCCUUUUGGACAGUUUAAUUUUUUUUUUCUUUCGGACAUAAAAAGGAAUAAGAGCUGAAAUGAUAGAAAGAAACGUAAUCGUUCUUGCUGUGUACUUAAUUGUUCCUAUAAUAUGCACAGAUAUAUUGCCAUCGUUGCCCAAAGGGGUCCCAGUGUCAAAACUGCCUCUUUAUGAUCCUCUUAAAGACUUCACAUGUUUAGAUGGUUUAUUUACGGUGCCAUUUAGUUACGUAAAUGACGACUACUGUGACUGCCAAGAUGGUUCCGAUGAACCAGGCACAUCAGCUUGCCCUUCGGGCUUAUUCUAUUGCGCAAAUAAAGGCUUCACACCUUUGACUGUUCCAUCGUCGAGAGUUAAUGACGGGUUUUGUGAUUGUUGUGACGCUUCGGAUGAGUAUCUUACUAAUAAUUGUACUGAUAAUUGUGAGGAGUUGGGAAGAGCGGCUAAGGAAGCUGCAGGAAAGCAAGCGAAACUUGCAGAACAAGGAAACCUUCUUCGCCUUCAAUUUGUUGCCACUGCAAAGAGAACUAAAUUAGUGAAACAGGAGAGAGUAGCAGCAUUAGAAUCUGAAAAAAUUGAAGCACAGAAACUGAAGGAUGAGACUGAACAAGCUAAACUAAAUGCCGAGACAGCUGAAAAUGCUGCUUUGGAAGUUUACCGUCAAAGAGAAGAGGCUAUCAAGAAGGAAAAGGCUGAACAAGAAGAGGAAUUAAAAAGAAAAGAAGCGCAGGAAGCAUUUGAUAUGCUAGAUUCCAAUAAAGAUAACAUACUACAAAUUGAAGAGAUGAAACCAAGACAGAUAUUUGAUCAAAACAAAGAUAGUGAAGUGUCAGAAGAAGAAAUCAAGUUUUUCCUGGGAGAUGACAAAACAGAGGCUGAUUUUGAAUACUUCAUUAGCACAGUUUGGCCCCGACUUAAACCGCUGUAUAUGCUUGAAAAAGGAAUAUUUGUGCCACCAAGUGCUGCUCAGAAGGAAGGAGAGGAGGAAGUCCUUGAAGAACCUCCUAUGCCUGACGAACAGAACCUUGAAGAAGAAGAAGAAGCUGAAAUGGGGGAUGAAGAAAGAGAAGAGAACUGGGAAAAAGAGCAAGAAGAUAAUGAUAUGGCCACUACUGAACAAGAACAUGAGUCAGAUGAAGUUAAUAUCGAACUUGAAUAUGAUGAAAAUACUAAAGGCCUUAUUGAAGAAGCAAACUACGCUCGAGCUCAAUUUGAAAAUGCUCAAAAAGCCCUGAGGGAAAUAGAACAAGAGCUUAAUCAACUUAAAGAAGUUUUGGCAAAAGAUUAUGGUUUGGAAGAUGAAUUUGCUCCAUUGGAAGGGCAAUGCUUCUCGUAUACUGAUAGAGAAUACACCUAUAAGCUUUGCCCAUUUGAUCACGUACUUCAGUCAAGUAAAUCUAGCAAUGCAGAAACAAAGCUUGGCGUAUGGGCAGGCUGGGCCGAGCAAGGGUCUUACGAUGUUAUGCUUUAUACAAAAGGGCUUGGUUGUUGGAAUGGACCACAAAGAUCAGCCAAGGUGCUCGUCUCGUGCGGACUCGAGAAUGCAUUGGUAGGCGCUUCAGAGCCAAAUAAAUGUGAAUACUUGUUGAAAUUUCAAACCCCAGCAGCUUGUAGACCACUGGAGAAAUUAUCACACGAUGAAUUAUAAUGUGCUUCACUUAUAAAACAUCUCACGGACAAUUCUGGUCAAUUUUGUACCCACUUCAAAAUGGUAUUAAGGCGGCAUUUAAUUUUUUUUUUUAAUCAGUUUGAAUUGUAAAAAUUUUCUAGCAGUGGAUAUAAAAAACAAUUGUUAGUUGAACUUUUUUUUAAUGUCAGUAUGAACCCAGAUGUUUAAACAUUUUUUUUUAUUAGUCAUACUCUUUGAUAAGGAUGAAUGUGUCAAGAAUUAUAAUGCAUUAGUAUUUGAAACUUGAUCAGUAUAUUUGAUAGAUAAGACUAAAAUUAUUGUUGUUGAUGAAUGAUUUAUUCUUUUCAUUCCAUUAUAAAAUCAUCAUGUCAUUUACAAAAAUAUAAAGAUUGAUUGUAAAUAACUUAUUUUUUAAAACAAGUACAAUAAAUACAGGUUUUGGUGGUAC